UGUACAUAUACUCAUAUACAUUCACACCGAGGUAUAUAUACUAUAUAUACGAAAAACUGCGUGUUGGUCGCCGGGUGUAACGUGAUGACGCUGAUAAUGAGUCUGACUGGCUUGAGUACAUAAGCAUAGGUACUUAUCAAACGCUAGCACGACAGACAAUAAACCGAAAGCUGUAAGUGCUGUAACUCCUGCUCGUGACCUGCAGCCAGACAAUUGGAGCCUAUACUUACUCCAGGUUUGAAUCCAUGGGGAUAUAGGAAAAGAGCUUCGUCAAAGUUACAGGGGAAAACAUCAUCAAAACAGACACAGUGAGACUCAGUCAUGAGGGAGAUCUGGGGUGCCGAGAAGCUUGAAGCGGAGCUUGAAGCCGCCAAGGACGGCCUGCGUGGUCUCGAGAAAAAUAUCCGGAAGAUCCUCGGCAGAGAUGUACCUGACGGGGAGAACGGCGCUGUAGCUCCUGUCCAAAAUAGAGGUGCUCAAAAGAGGCCUAUGCAAGAUGACGUUAGAGGACGCAGAUUAGGAACUGAUUUCCCAAAUAAUGGUUUUGGGCCUAAAAGAAGGUGGCAACAAGGCAGUAACAAUGUCAACACUAACAAUAACAAUAACAACAACAAUAAUCCUGAACCAAAAACUGUAUUCAGUCGAUUGAGUGCAAGGGCUCCUGCUGCUGAUGACAGUGACAAUGAAGAUGACAAUUCUUUUAAGCCGGCAGUAUCUUCUAGAGUUAUAGCAACACCUCGAGAAAUACCAUCCAGGCAAGACGUUAUACGCAGAGAAAGCACAGAUGAAAGGAGUAAACAGAGAAACAGACGCAUGUUUGGUGCUCUCUUGGGUACCCUUCAAAAAUUCCGUCAGGAAGAAACAAAACUAAAAGCAAAGGAAGAUAAAAAGGCAGAGGUUGAAGCAAGAGUGGAAGAAGCAAAGAGAAGAGAAAAGGAGGAACUGAAACGAGAGCGACAACAGUUGUUUUUGAGUAGGAAACAGCAGCUAGCACAAGUUAAGGCUCUUGAAAUAAAAUUAGCACGAAGUAAGCAGUAUCAAGAUUGGCGUAGCUCACAGAUUCCUCUCCUAAAUUUUAUCAAAACAAAAACUCAACCAUCGAUCUAUUACUUGCCUAAACGAAGUACACCUCAAACUGACACAUUGUUACAGGAAUCUUCAAAUGAACUUAAAGCUGAAAUCGAUAGGAGAGAGAGAGAAUUAGUGGAUGAACUUGAAAUGAUCCAAUCUCAAGCUGGAAGUCACAGAAAUUCACAUAACAAAUCUAAUGAAAACUUUGACCAUUCGAUGGAAGAACCUGAAGAAGAAAAUCGUGACCCUAAUCCGGAAAAAAAUGGAGAUGUCAGAAUGACAGAUACAGAUAGCCAAACAAAAAAAAUAAGUUCCAAGUUUAAAGAGCAAGAUAAACAUGACGAUAAAGUUGAAGACAAGGAAGUAGAUAGAUAUGAACACACAGAAGACAGAGAAGAAGAUGAUGAUGAGGAUAAAGAAGAGAGUAAAGAAGAAGAUACAACAGAAAGUAUAGACCUAAGUAAAGUAGUGAUUAAAAAAGAAAAAGAAGAGGACAGUAUGGGAAAAAAACGAGAAGAAAAGAAAGACGACAGUAAGGAAGAAGAAAAAGAAGAUGCUUGUGACGAUAGUAAAGAAAAAGAGGAAGAUGAUAAAGACAGUAGCAAAGGUGAAAGUAAGGAUGAUAGUCCAGUUGACAAUGAAGAAACUACUCAAUUGGAGAGAGAUGAAAGUAGUAUUUCAAUACUGCAAGAAGAGCAAGACGAGAAGAUGGAUGAGAGUACAGAUUAACGUUGGUCUUAAUUUUGUACAUGAGUGUAUUAUCAUGAUGUGUGAAAAUUUUGGAACAAAAGCGAAGUGUAUGAACUUGUAACGUAUAUAUACUUUGCGUGAUUGUGGUUUUCAUUGAUAAUGGCAAAGCUGUAAUAUUUUAAGUUUUUUUUUUUUUUUUCAAUUUCAGAGUACAAUGAUCUUUUACAUUCGUGACAUAUCUGGAUUCAUAGUUUUUUAUUUGAAAAUCAAAUUAACUAGUUCACUCUAAAAAUCCAGUUAUCUUGACACGUUUCGUAUUCAAUUUUGGAGAAAAAAAACUCUUUAACCACGAGUAAGUAAUUUUUACCGUGUCAGGGACUAGUUUGUAUCUUUAGCAAUAAGGACCUUAAAAACGCAUAAAUGUAUGUACGUUGUUGUAAUUGAGUUUUUGCCGUACCUUGGCAUAACUCGCAUCGUUUGUGUGCACUGCAACUCACCUGUAUAGUGGGAUAAAAUCAACUAUUGUAAAAUAAUUAUCGUGAAUUUUAGCAUAAUUAAAAAUUAUAUCACAAAAAGUCGCCUGUAA